AAAGAAAAUAAACAGAUAAUUAAAUAAAUACUAGACAAUGUAAUAAUUAAUCCGUAGUUAAUCUAUUCUGAUAGUUUUUCAAAAAAAAAGUAAAAAUGACUAGACACGCUAGAAAUUGCACUGCAGGUGCCGUAUAUACUUAUCACGAAAAGAAAAAAGACGCCGAGGCCUCUGGAUAUGGGACAAAUAGUAAAAGAAUUGGGAAAGAUUCACUUAAAAAUUUUGACUGUUGCUCAUUGUCCCUUCAGCCCUGUAAAAUACCCGUAAUAACAAAAGAAGGUUAUCUUUUUGAUAAAGAAGCUAUUCUUCAGUACAUAAUCACCAAGAAGAAUGAAAUAAGCAGAAAAUUAAAAGAAUAUGAAAAACAGAAAAAAUCUGAAGAAGCAGAAUUGGCCGAAAUAGCUGCAGCAGAGCGCCAAAGUAAUCUCAACAAAUUUAUGAAAUUAGAAAAAAAUAUUGUGAGCUCGACUUCAAAAGAUGAUUCAAGUACCAGUUCCAUUUCAAAUAUGGUUAAUGGAAAAAACAAAAAAUUGCCAAGUUUUUGGGUACCCUCCGAAACUCCAAGCUCAAAGAAAAUUAAAAUUAGCAAACCUGACACAACUGUAACUUGUCCUUUAUCUGGGAAACCAUUACGAAUGAAAGACCUUAUAGAUGUCAAAUGGACAGAAGUUAAAGAUCCUGACGAGGCCUCAACCCAUUUAAUAACAAGAAAGGCUCGUUAUAAAUGUGCUGUAACACAUGAUAUACUGAGUGAUGCAGUUCCUUGUGCUGUUAUAAGAACAACAGGCGAUGUCGUCACUAUGGAAUGUGUUGAGAAAAUUAUUAAGAAAGAUUGGAUUCAUCCUUUAACAAAUGAAAAACUCACUGAGAAAGAUAUUAUUCCUAUGCAAAGAGGUGGAACUGGCUAUGCAACCACAAAUGAUAACCUAACAGGAGAAUACAAACAACCAGUUCUUCAGGCGUAAAAGUAUUCAAAGAAUUUUU